UGUUUGGUUCGGACGAAAUGCUCACAUUUCUAUAUAAAAUCAAUAAUUACUGAAAAUUACUCUGAAAGUGUAGUUCCAAACUAUAAAUGGAUGAAAUAGAGUAUAAGCUGAACACCAACAAUAGCGUUUUGGUGGUGAACGCGGUUGAGAAGCUGAUAUCCUUGAUAAAAGCAAAGUUUAAACCGGCUGAUCGAAAGAAGUUUGUUUUGGAGAAUGAAGAGCUGAAGUUUUUGAGAGGAAAAUGUUCUGCAAGAGGUACAGUGGUCAGCCUGACGGCGUGUCAAGGGCUGCUGGCGCUGGUGGAGCUGGGAGUGCUGGAAAUUGGCCACACGAUGUCGACGAUUGUCACGUUGCUACCGACUGCUAGCAACUACUCAGCCAUAAUCUCGACCAUGGCUGGGCUCCUCAUCCUGGACCUGAAGUCCCGGCUGGUCCCGGGUCAGCCAUACAAGUGCCAGUUCUCCUUGAAGUCUCCGCAGCACCCAUUCAUCACAGUACUGGAGAAGAACAAAGCAGUUGAGGAUGAGAUCCUGACUCAGAUGCAUGCGUUGUGCACACACCCGGAUUAUAUAGUGUCGUCCAACAGCUUGGAGUUGCUUCGUCCGGUGUUCCUGUGGCUGGCCAUCCAACCAGGGCGCGGCGCCCGAGCCUGGCCGCUGCUGCUCGCGCUGCCGCCGUCCAGCGCGCACCUCAGCCUGCUGCUGUCCUGCCUGAGCUGCCAGCGGAUCUGCAGCCCCUUGUCCGUGGAGCGUGCGUACGACGCGUACGCCGCGGUGGCAGCCACGGCCAUCAACCGCUGCGACCGCGCGUACGUUGUGGCGCUGCUGCCCAUGCUCGCCAGGAUAUCUAAUGAGCUCAUAAAGCAUGGUCGCGAUCCUCGGCCAUGCUACAGCCUGAUGGAGCGCUGCGUGGGCACAGAAGCCGCCGAGCUUCGCAACGUGGCUAGUCUGACACUCAUGCUGCUAGCCGACAACCUACCUCUCACCUCGGCACUGUAUCUACACGAGCUCUUCAACUUGUGCCUGAACAUAGCGAGCAAAUACAAAUGCUCCAGCAUUUCUCUCAGCGCAUUCGUGGCUCUCUCCCUCCAAUGGCUUCACAUGCCGUCCUACCUCACCUCCUCUGCCCUCAAAGUUGGCGCCAAAAUACUUGACCUCUACCAAUCCAACGACUUCGAAGACCGACUGGACAUGCCCAACUUGAGAACGAACAAAAUUUUCGAUGAAUUAAACAAUAUAGAUGGCAGACUGAACACGAUGUUUAAACUUACCGAAAUAUGGGAGAGGAUUAGAGAUAGCGAGGAUAGCUUGAAGAGUUGGCUGGAGGCUAUCGAGAGGGUGGAUGGAGCUAUGAAGUUGGAGAUGGUGGUGUUUCUGAUAGCAGUCGCUAUGGAGAGGAGAGAGGAGAAGUGGUAUGAAGAAAUAGUUGUGAGGGCAUUGCGCAUCGUCGUGGACACUGUAGACAUAAAGAAGGAGCUAUCGGUUCUCCUCUUACCGAUCCUCACGUACAAGAUAGCCCGCGACAAGUCGCCACUGGUCCGCAUGGAGUGCCUCAAAGCGCUGCCCCUUAUGGCCAGAACUAAAGAAAACGUGCCGAGUAUAGUCGCGGUGCUGACUAAGCUAAGGACUGGCAAGGGUGUGUCUACAUCGACUCUAAUCACGCUGUACGCGAGCCUUGCUGAGACACAGGUCCGGUGUUUCCCGUACCUACAAGAGUUGCUGGCAGAGUCGGUGGUAGGUCGCCCUGAUGAGCUGAAAUGGGAAAUGGAUGUGGCCAAGGCGGCUGCCGUCAGCCGCAUUUGUGAGACCAGGCCAUCCACCCACGGCCUGGAAUUAGUCCCGACCAUAUCGUCAGUGCUCAACCGCUGCACAGACAAGGCGGGCUCGGCGUCGACGGCGCUAGUGCUGGGCGCGCUGGCGGCGCUGUGGCGCGGCGCCGCCGUGGCUCCCCCGGGCACGUGGCGCGCGCUCGAGCCCAAGCUGGCCAGGGACAACAGGCUCACCGUGCAGAUCAGCAUAUGCAAGCUCCUCUCAGAAGUGCCUACCCUCCGCGUGGAUACGCCGGAAUACGACCGCCUCGUAUCGGACGCGGCUCGCAAGCUGUGGAGCUACAUGGCGGAUUCCCAUCAACCUGCCAUGGUGGAAGCAGCUUGUGACGCGCUGGCUAACUACAACGUGGAAGACUUUAAGCUGAAGGACAUUCCUGAGAUAUACAGGAGUACGGUGAAGCUACCAGCUUCGUACUGCAAGACGCCGGCCGACGCGGCGCGCAAACCUGAGGAUGUGCUCGACUACAUACCUUGUGAGGUGUGGCCAGAGGUCUUCAAAUACACGAACCAAGAAGCCCUAAGCGGGGUGGAGCGUCUCUGCACGGCGCUGGUAGCGCGCGAGGUUCGAGGGUUCCGUAGCGGCGUCUACCAGCCCGACGCGCGUACGGAACCCCAUAAUAUGAGCUACCUGCCUAACACCAGCGUGUUGAGGGGACUCAUGGACUGCUUCAAGAAGCAGCGUGUUGAGGGGACUCAUGGAUUGCUUCAAGAUGCAGUUAAGAUAGAGUUCAGUGUAGUGGGACUAUAUCUGCGAGGGUUCCGUAGCGGCGCCUACCAGCCCGACGCGCGCACGGAACCCCAUAAUAUGAGCUACCUGCCUAACACCAGCGUGUUGAAGGGACUCAUGGACUGCUUCAAUAAGCAGCCCGACGCGCGCACGGAACCCCAUAAUAUGAGCUACCUGCCUAACACCAGCGUGUUGAGGGGACUCAUGGACUGCUUCAAGAAGCAGCGUGUUGAGGGGACUCAUGGAUUGCUUCAAGAUGCAGUUAAGAUAGAGUUCAGUGUAGUGGGACUAUAUCUGCGAGGGUUCCGUAGCGGCGCCUACCAGCCCGACGCGUGCACGGAACCCCAUAACAUGAGCUACCUGCCUAACACCAGCGUGUUGAGGGGACUCAUGGACUGCUUCAAGAAGCAGCCCGACGCGCGCACGGAACCCCAUAAUCUGAGCUACCUGCCUAACACCAGCGUGUUGAGGGGACUCAUGGACUGCUUCAAGAAGCAGGUCAAAUAG